UUCCCACUCACUCUCGUCUCUUCUCCUCUCCUCUCCUCUUUUCCCCAUUCCCAUGGAAUUUCCACUCUCGCGAACCCUAGCCCCAUGCUCCACCCAUUCCUCCUCCAAAUCCCACAACCCUAGAGAAUCUACGGCGGCGGAGGAGGCUCCGGCCCCGGCGGCGGCGGAGGAGGAGGAGGAGGAGGAGGAGGAGGGGGAUUCCAUCUGCGGCGGUGGCGAUACUACUGCCACCGCCGAGGCGGCGCCGCCCCUCCGGAGGAGCUCAGGCGAUGCGAUCGCCAAGGCCGAGAUUCGGCGGACCGGCGCGGCGUCUCCUUCCGCUUCCUCUUCUGCGUCCUCCUCCUCCUCCUCCUCCUCUCGUCGGUCGCCGCCGCCUCGCCGGAGAGGAGUGCGGCUGAGGCGGCGCCGUCGCGCCCUGUGGGUGGCUCGUGGCGGCGCCGCAUCCGAUUAUGGGCUCGGGGAUCUCGCCCUUCCGCUUGGGAUGUCCUUCGCCGCCGUUAUCGCCCAGGUUUUGGAAGGACUGAAAGUUUCAGAAGAAAGAUUACCACCGGACCGCCUUUCAAUGAUUUGUACCUCAGCAGUGAGAGAGGCAAUAACCAAUAUAUAUGGUGAGAGGCUUGAUUGUUUCAUGAGAAAUUUUGAAAAAUCAUUUUGCAGCACGUUGAAAACUCUCCAUGUUAUCAAGGUAAAAUCUAGCUUUGAGCAUGAAAACCCUGGUUGCAGUUCAUUAUUACAAGAAAGUCCUCUAGAAAAUCCUGGUUGUUGUUCAUCUUCACAAGGAAGUCCUCGAAGUGUGCCAAACUUGGUCACUCCUGAUUUGAAUAGCAUCGUUGAAGAAUUUGGGGAAAAUAUCCCAUUGAAUUCCAUAAACAGCCAACUUAUUCUGCAUGGACAAGCUAAUCAGCAACUUGCUCACACUUCUCACAGAAGAUCUCAUCCUAAGUUCAAUAAUCACAUCCUAAAUACAUUUGAGAGAUCUGUAAAGGAGCAGGCUCGCACUAACGACCUUAAGGAAGUUGAGAUAGGCCUAACUAUGAGAAAGUUGCGCCUAAAGCAGUCGCAGUUGGCUCUUAGUUCCUAUUCACAUGUGUUAGAGAAGAUAAAGAUAUCUAUGGGUAUCUCGAAGGCUUCGUUUAGAGAAGAGAAAUUGAAGAACCAGAUGCAGGAUACAAGGCAUGCAGAAUUCCUUAGAAGGUGCAUAGAUCUUAUGGUCACCGGCUUGAUUAUCAUGGUUUGUUGUCUUUUGUAUGGAGCUUAUGUUUAUUCAUAUAGACGGAUCACCGAGGCUACGUCAGCUUGUGCAGGCAUUUCUAAGGAGUCCAAAUCAUGGUGGAUGCCGAAGCCAAUGGCGUCUUUUAAUUCCGGCUGGCUUACGUUGAAAUGCCAUUUAGUAGCUCUGUCCCAGAUGUUCUUCGGUGUAUUGAUGAUUUUGGUCAUUGCUUGGUUGGUCCUCAAACGUUCAUCGUCGUCCGGACCGAAUAUGCCUGUAACAUUCAUGCUCACACUGUUAGGGCUUUCCUGCGGCUUAACCGGAAAGCUGUGUGUGGACGCACUAGGAGGGCAUGGCUAUUGGUGGCUUCUAUCCUGGGAGUCCCUCUGCUUGCUUCAUUUUUCCGCAAAUGUAUUUCCGUCAGCUUUUUACACUAUGCUCUACGGACCUGUUUUGGAAUCUCAAGGAAGUGAAGCCGUUCGGCUACCAUACUGGUUUAGGCGACACUCUUUCUACGCUAUGCUUUUGCUUAUUCUUCCUGUAUCGGCGGGGUUGCUUCCCUUUGCAUCUAUUAAUGAAUGGAAGGGGCAUUUCGCUGAGAAGGUGAAAUGGAGUAGGGCAGAGGAGAAUAUGCUUUGACAGAGUUUAGAGAAGUGAUGUGAUCAAAAGUAGUAGUUCGGUGAUAGCCGUCGCACUUCAAAGAAAUAUUUAUUCAAGAGCGAGUUUGAGAUAUUCAUGUAUAUGUAAUGAUAAUUAUCGAGUGUUUCAAGUAUUUCUCAUUGAGUUGCGAGCUUGUUCCUCGUUAACUUAUUCUGAAAAGUCGGUGUCGUCGAUGAAGAUGUACUACUCUGUCGGUCGUACUCUUCGCCAGAAACUUCUUCAUGAGAUGCAAAGUUUAACAUGGUCAUUGAUUUUGUUGUUUUAAUGUUGUAUCCGAUGUUUGCUCCUUGUAAAAACUGCGAAAGUUUGCGAAGAGUAUGUGCAAUUCAUUGGA